UCACUGCAUCUCAUUUCACUCCUCCUCCUCCUCAACAGUGACUAAUCCAAGCCAGAAGCAGGUAGAAAAGAGCAGACGUUCUGAGCUAUCCUACCCAGACCAAGUUACUACUCCUGUCACUGUGUUACUAGCCAGCUCAGGUACUCUCAACAUUCUCUGAUUCACGUACAGAAUGUCUCUGCUGCUUUGUUGGGCAGUGAUGGCUCUGCACCUCGCAACAGGGCUGGAUGCUGCCUCGGGGGUGGUGAACACUACAGAGGAUGAAGGGGUGGACUCCCAGUCACCAUGCCCAGCCGGGUGGCAUCAGAAUGAACAUCGCUGCUUCUCCUUCUACCCCGUCUGGGCCACCUGGGCCACUGCAGAGUUGUACUGCUCCCAGCACAGAGGGAACCUGGUGUCGGUUCACAGCCCUGGUCAACAGGUGUUUGUCCAGGAUCUGGUCAGGAGACACACAGACCAGCCGGUCUGGAUAGGAGGCUACGAUGCAGCUGAGGAGGGGAUGUGGCUGUGGAGUGACGGCUCAGCUAUUGAUGGUUUUUACUGGGAGGAGGAGGAGCCCAGUAACUCUGGACAGGGGGAGAACUGUAUGGAGCUACACACUGGAGGUGGUCGGGGCUGGAAUGACAUGUCUUGUGGAGAGCUGAGGUUCUAUGUGUGUUCUAUGGAGACCAGAUCUGGUUCAGCAGCCAUGCCAAGUCAUAAUCAAACACACGAGAGAGAGCUGGUUGAAGAGGUGAGUAUUUAUGACGUCCUGUGGGAGACCAGUGAGAAAGUAGCAGAUGAGACCCUCGACUCAGCCUUCCUCAGAGGAAUGUAUUCCAGACGUCUGCCUGCCCACUGCUACGCUGACUUCUGCCACCAGGAGGUGCUAUACCUGGACAGAGUCAUCACCAUGCUGCAGGUGCUGAUCAGAACAGUCCAGGGUCCUCCAGACAUCAUGCUGUUUCUCCAGAGAACACAUCAACGCUACCAGGAGUCUCUGAAGGAGGCUCAGAACCAAACUCCACCACACCUGAACCUGUCCUCCAUCCAGCCCUCUGCAGCCGUGCGUCAGUACCUCCAGAGCUUCCAUGACAUUGUGAAUGAGGAGCCCAUCUACUGGCUGGUGUCUCUGCUGCCCAGAGCCCUGCUCAGACCUUACCUGGCACAGAACCUGCCCCUGGUUGAGAGGACCAGACCAGGCCCCAGCCCCUGCCUCUACCCCUGGCUAAACCUCUUCCCCUGCCCCUGCUACCAGUGGGGGGGAGAGGACAUGCAGUCAGACCAGAGAAACCAGAAGGAUGAGUCAGGGACAUCUUACAGGCAUCUACUGGAGAAGUACCAGGAUGUGAUGGACGUCUAUAAGGCUGUCAACAUCUUCAGAGUCCAGAUGAUCAACGAGAAGGCUCUCUUCACCUCCAGGUGCAGUUGGUUUCCCACUGGUGACGAGGAGGAAGUGGAGGACCAACUCAGCCUGUGGUCUGUGGAGUCUGGACCUGACGUUAGGGUGAAGCUGUAGCAGUGCAGCUGUAGAAUACAGGGAGCUGUGUGUGUUGGCUUUCACACUGGGCAGGACUGUUCCUCUUGUCAGACAUAUUCCAAUAUUCCACUUUUAUGUUUGAAACUUCCUCCCCAACAACUACUGUUUAAACUGUUUUAAUGCAAUAACACAAUGAAUGUACACAUCUAGUAAUUGUCAACAAAGGAUCUACAAUUAAAUUAAAAAAACAUCAGAAAAUCAAUGAUUCUAGAGUGAAUACAGCAGCUCAUACCUGCAUUCCAUACCAGGUCGGCGUCUGUGAGUCAUUGUUGGUAGAACAUGAGCUCUGAACUCGCUCCAAUGAUUUAUUCUUAGUAGCGCAAUCGCCAACUCCAAACGUGUGUGAGUGAGCGUGUGUAAGCAUGUAAGGUUUAUGUUUGAAU